UAAAAAGACCCUUAUCCUUCAACUAAAACUUUGCGCCUCUAAUAUCGAAUUGGAAAGGAUCGAGAAAUGAGUCUGACAGCUAAGGAUAAAGCCUUGGUCAAGGCCUUCUGGGGUAAAAUCUCUAGUAAGGCCGAUGCCAUAGGCCAAGAAGCUCUGGCAAGAAUGCUCAUCGUCUACCCUCAGACUAAAAUAUAUUUUCCUGAUUGGACUGAUUAUUCUCUCGACUCUCCCCAAGUGAAGAAACACGGCAAAACUGUGAUGACAGCCAUCACUGAUGCUGUGGGAAAAAUGGAUGAUCUUAUUAGUGGAAUGAGCGCUUUGAGUGAUAUCCAUGCCACUAAGUUUCGCAUUGACCCUGGAAACUUCAAGUUUCUGAACCAUAACAUCCUCGUGACUCUUGCAGUUUAUUUCCCCGCUGACUUCACCGCAGAAGUGCACGUGGCCGUGGACAAGUUUCUCGCGGCUCUGUCUGCUGCCCUCGCUGAUAAAUACAGAUAAGAUCAUCAUUCAGGGGCUUCUCGUUUAUCUGCAAACAGAGCUACUUGAAAUAAUGAAAAGUAAAAUAUCAGACGCAAUAAAUAAAAUCAACAACAAUCAAAA